CGGCCCCACAGGCCAUGACAAAUUUCCCCCGCUGGAUUGUUUUGCCAUUUUUUCAGAAUAUGGGGGACGUCUCAGUAAUUUUCCAUGGCAAUUACUAGCCGCCCGGCCACCUCCAUCAAAGAUCAAACCAACUAUUUGACGAAGAAAAGAAAAACAUAAACCGUUGGUUUCUUCCUUCCCAAAAUUACCCCUCUGGCGUUCUUAAUUCCUCCUAUUCCGGGCUCCGUUUAAAACCACCGCCACCUCUCCAUCUCCGUCUCCGCCUUCUGCGCCGCCGCCGUACACAUAACAUUGGAGAAAUGGGGAGAAUUUUGUAUGUUUAUGCUAUGAUCCUCUUGAAUUGUCUAAUUUGGACUUCAUCGAUUGUUCAUGGCGGCGGAGUUUUCGAAGUGAGCUCAAAGUUCGGCGGGAGGAAUAGGUCGCUUGAUGCCUUAAAAGCGCACGAUAGCAUACGACACCUUCAAAUUCUCGCCGGCGUUGACUUGCCAAUUGGUGGAACGGGUCGUCCCGAUGCUGUGGGGCUGUAUUAUGCUAAAGUGGGAAUCGGAACACCUGCAAAGGAUUACUAUGUACAGGUGGAUACUGGAAGUGACAUCAUGUGGGUCAAUUGUAUCAGUUGCCAACAAUGCCCUACUAGAGGCUAUCAUGGUCUGGAACUAACUCAAUACAAUGUUAAAGAUUCUCUUACUGGGAAACUGGUAUCUUGCGGACAAGAAUUCUGUAAGGAGAUCAUGCGUGGUUCAUCUUCGGAUUGCACAGUGAACGAGACUUGUCUGUACACUGAGAUCUAUGGAGAUGGGACUUUCAGCAUGGGAUAUUUUGUUGAGGAUUUUGUUCAGUAUGAUCGUGUGUCUGGUGAUCUUCAAACUGAAUCAGCAAAUGGAAGCGUUAUUUUUGGGUGCGGUGCUGGGCCGUCAGCCGAUCUUGUUUCAGCAGAUGAUGCACUUGAUGGUGUGCUGGGUUUUGGAAAAGAAAAUUCAUCCAUGAUUUCACAGCUUGCAUCUGCUGGAAGAGUGAAGAAUAUGUUUGCUCAUUGCUUAGAUGGUGUAAAUGGUGGUGGAAUUUUUGCCAUUGGGAAUGUUGUUCAGCCAAAAGUGAAUAUGACAGCCUUGGUGCCAAACCAGCCGCAUUACAAUGUCAAUAUGACGGCAAUUGAAGUUGGCAACGCUACACUGAAUAUUACCCAAGAGUUAUUCAGGAUUGGAAAUAAUUCGGGGGCGAUAAUCGAUAGUGGGACAACAUUGGCCUAUUUCCCACAAGCCAUUUACGACCCACUAGUCAUAACGAUAUUAUCCUCGCAACCUAAUUUGAAACUGCAACCAAUUCAUGAUGAUUAUACAUGCUUUGACUACUCUGGAAGUGUCGAUGAGGGCUUUCCCAAUGUCACAUUCCACUUUGAAAACUCACUUAGUUUGAAAGUCUAUCCACGUGACUAUCUCUUUCCAUUUGAUGGUUUGAUGUGCGUUGGAUGGCAAAACAGUGGACUUCUCUCAGGAGAUAAGAAGAACAUCACACUUCUUGGAGAUUUGGUACUUUCAAACAAGUUGGUCUUGUAUGAUCUUGAAAAUCAGACUAUUGGGUGGACUGAAUAUAAUUGUUCCUCCAGCAUCAAGUUGAAAGAUGAAAUUACAGGGUCAGUACAUCUGGUGGGUGCUCAUUCUCUACCUUCUUACUCCUGCCGAAGUGCCGAAAAGUCUCUCACCUUCUUAUUGCUGAUGUUACUGCAUGGCUUUCUCAUUGUUCGGUGGUUACUUUAGCAAGUCAGGAUCAAGGGGACUUGAUAUAGAAAAUUUGACAGAUAGAUGUUUUACUAAAGUGAAUAACAGUGUAAUGGGACUUUUACUGGUUCCCCCUUUGGUUUAUACCUAUAGUCCGGCUGCUAAAUCUGCAGUUUAUAGAAAAUUUUGUAUGUAUAGCACGACUUGCUUCCUGGAGAAAAUGUGUACAUAACUUUGAGUGUAUAUAUAUCUGUCGUAUUUGUAGCUGAGAGAUAAAGUGAAUCAAUCUCGCUCGCGAUAUAUGACUUCAGUGCAUCGCCUGCAUGUUUUGUGUAUAAGGCAUGCCAUAGAACAGGUCUCAAGUUUUACAGUGUGGUUCAAGACUGUAGUACCGUAGGGAUCAAAGUACUAUUAAAACUAGAGCAAUAUAUCUGACUUCAGAAUCAACAGAUGAUCUCAACUAUUUUUAAAUCAUA